UAAGUAUUGUAUUUUGUAUAUUAUCCAAAUAAAACAGAAUUUAGUAAAAUAAAUAUAGCAACUAAUUUACUUAACUCGACCGUGUUAUUAUUUACAGUACCGAUAUUAUCUAACUACAGUCUGAACGUUAAAUUGGAGAAGGAUUAUGUCUUUUAAAAUGAUUCUUUAUGUGGUGAUUUUUCUAAGUAUUAUUUCUGUUUCAGUAACAGAAACUGAUGGGGUUAAUACUGCACCAUUAAAAGAAAAUGAUAAUAACCCCACAAAACCGCAAACAGAAACCAAACCCGAAAGCCUAGAAGAUCAGAAAAAUACCUAUGAAUUAGUAGUGCAAUUUUUGCCGCUAGAAAACGGUACACUUAUAAUUCCAGACGUUGAAAUAAUGUUUAAAUAUCCUUGGGAUGAUAUGUCAAAUGAAAAUAACAACAAUACGGAAACCGAAGCAGAAAGAGAAAAAUCAGAAGAAGCAGAAAAACCACAGAACCAAUCGAAUGCUAUGUACAAUCCGGUUCCAUCUCAACUAGAAACUGCAGAAGCACAACAGAAUCUUACUUCACUUGAUAAUUCUACAACGCCUACUCUAUCGCCGGAAGAAAUUAUAAAUAAUCCGAAAGUUUUGCAAGUUUUAAAGGAUUUAAUUGCAGACGAAGUCAAAAAAAUUAAAAUGGAGGAUGAUCGCCAGAAAGAACCAAGAACAAGACCAACAAGAAAAACAACUAUUUCACCAAACCUUGGAGAACAAUCAAUAACAAAAUUACCUAUUACCAUACCACCAAAAUAUGCAGAACAACCAAUAACAGAAACAACAACUACAUCGCCACAACCUGGAAAACCACCAGUAUCAAUAAUAACAACUAUUUCACCAAGACUUAUAAAUCAACCACAAACAGGAACAACUUUUCCACCAAAACUUAGAAAACAACCAGAAGCAAGAACAACAACUAUUUCACCAAAAUCUAGAAAGUCGCAAGGAAUGCCAAACUCUCCAAUUAUAACAGCUUCAACAUAUGCUGAUCCUUUUGAUCCAAAUUGUUAUUACAGUACUGAGGUCAAUCCUGACGAAUCGCCACAAAAAACGGAAUCAUUAAUUUGUAUGCAUUGCUGUCCACUUGAAUUAUAUGACCAGUAUUAUACGGACUACGCAUACUACAUCGGGAUUGAAAAUACCGACUUAGUUUAUUGUAAUAUGGUUAGCGAUAGAGCAUGUAUAUAACUUUGUCCAGCUAAUAGUAUAG